CCGUACGUGCGUCAACGUGCUCGCCGUGACGUCUGUUGACUGACGGUAAAAAAGAAAAAGGAAAUGUGAAUUUUGCCAGAGCUAGGAGCCAGUCCUUUUGGGUUUUAUUUUUAGAUUAAAGUGUGAGUUACUUGGGCGAAGAUUAAUGUUUACCAGCGGUUUCACGUUUUACUACCAAACAUGGUAGUUAUUAACGGCAGUUCAACACGGGAACUCGUUCUGCUCUUGAGCCUGGACAACGAGGAAGAAAGCCGCCGCUGCUGGUCCGCUAGCUAACGUUAGCUCUCAGAAUGGGAAACUGAGAGCUAACAAGCCCCCAAAUCUGUUGUCUCUCACACCAUGAGUGGACCUUGACGUCGUUUUCGUCGAAAACACGAAGAGGAAAAACCCCGUCUUGUGUGCCUUUAGCUACCUCUGAACUUUGUGUCGGUAUGUUGUACAUGAUGAAGAAUUGCGAGUACCAGCAGAUAGACCCGCUGGGCACUGUCUGUGCCCCCUCGUCAACACCACCGUUGCACCGGGAAGAGUGCCCAGAGGCUGCGGAGGGAAAAUGGGACGUGUUUCCAGGGAAAGAACAGAUUUAUUGCGAUGGACGGAUCAUUCUCGCCAGACAGAGCGGUGUCCUUCCGCUGACACUGGGCCUUAUUGUUGUCACUAGUGGCCUUUUCUUUGCUUUCGAUUGCCCUUUCCUGGUGGAUCAUCUGACGGUCUUCAUACCUGUGAUCGGAGGGGCACUUUUUGUGUUUGUGGUCAUCUCCCUUUUGCAAACCAGCUUUACAGACCCAGGCAUCCUGCCAAGGGCCACGCCAGAAGAAGCUGCAGAUAUAGAGAAGCAGAUAGAUACCUCAGGAUCCUCCACGUACCGCCCUCCUCCGCGGACCAAGGAGAUCCUCAUCAACCAGCAGGUGGUAAAGCUCAAAUACUGCUUCACCUGUAAAAUGUUCCGCCCUCCCCGGACAUCCCACUGCAGCCUGUGUGACAACUGUGUGGAACGAUUUGAUCACCAUUGUCCAUGGGUGGGGAACUGUGUUGGCAAGCGCAAUUAUCGCUUCUUCUACAGCUUCAUCAUUUCUCUCUCUUUCCUGACAUCUUUCAUAUUUGGCUGUGUCAUCACACACCUCACUCUACGAUCUCAAGCAGGUAAAAGCCUUGUCCAAGCCAUCCAGCAGAGCCCUGCAAGUGUGGUGGAAUUGGUGAUUUGUUUCUUCUCCAUCUGGUCUAUCCUGGGCCUCUCAGGCUUCCAUACUUACUUAGUAGCCUCCAACCUCACAACCAAUGAAGAUAUAAAGGGCUCCUGGUCAAGUAAAAGGGGUACAGAGGACACUGGGAAUCCUUACACUUACAACAGUAUUAUAACCAACUGCUGUGUGACGCUGUGUGGCCCCAUGCCCCCAAGCCUGAUUGACAGAAGAGGCUUCCUGCCACCCGAUGAGGUCACCCCUGCUGCUUCUGCUUCAGAGAUUGAGCUCCCACCCUUCACGGCCAAGAAUGACAUGCACAUGUGCACUCAGAGUACCAAGGACAUGCUGGAGAGGGUGGUCCACUCUUACGAUAUUCACGGCCUCUGCCACCCUGGCACUCCUAAGACAACUCCCUUAGGCCAGGAGCCCCCCUCCACAGAGCCUCCAUCCCAGGGCUUCUCAGUUCACCAGGCCUGCCAGUCUAUGGCCAGUCCUUGCCCUCCAUUCAGCAGAAGCAGCAAAAGCGCCUCGCUGCACUCCAUCAAUCCAGCUUUUCGCCUGGCUUCUCCCUCCCCUUCUCUCAGCCGCACCACCCUGAUUCUAGGGGAUGCAUCUGAUGUUGGUUUUAUUCCGCUGCCGUGAAUCAACUCUGUUAACUACGAGAGGACAGAAUGAAUCAUAGUGGGCCUGUCCCGUCACAGCUGUGGGAUGCUGCUGAGUCACCAACACACUUCAGUAUCACUGGAUGGGCAAAGUUUUGGGCUCUAGAGAAACUUUUUCAUUGCUGUGGUCAUGUUGUGCUUCAUUGUUUUGGAUCUCAGGAUGUCAUUGUGAUAGUAGUUGAUAAAGCAUUAAUUGGGGGAUUAUUAUUUUCUAUGAAUUAUAUCGAUAAUGUCCUACAUGCCCUUCAGGUUGGAGGUUAAACUUAGUAACUAACACUGAUGGCAAGCACAAUGAAAUGAUUUUUUUUAACAUUAUUUUUUCAGACACAAAACAUGUCUCCACCCCUUCCAUAGAACCUCAAGCCAUACAUCUUCAUUUGCAGGUGUUUCAGCAUCCUAACUCACAGCCUUUACAGUAUUUAGUUUCCUUCCAAUAUCUUAUGCAAACAAUUCACAGAUUUUUAAAUCUGGGAAUAUUUUUACCUGCAGAUGCCAAGGGUCUUGAGAAAGCUUAAUUGUUAAUCGCCCUGGUGUCCUCUGGAUAGUGAGCCAUGUCAGACUUUUCAAUGCAGAGCUAGCUAUAUGUGAUGUCCUCUCAUUAACCUGUCGCUUGGAUAUAGGUCAUCACAGUAUUGUCAUGUGGAUCCUGUUUAGCAAGUGCUGUUGUUGCUGUCAGGGUGCAGGGGUAAUCAAUUUGACGGAGGAAGACAAGAUGCAGUUUUAAUACGUGAGUAUGUCAAGGUCGCUGCUGUAACUAUUUUGUAAUCAGCUCUAUGUUUGUGCAUUGACUGUUUUGAAACUACUUGGGGGGAAUUUUAUUUAUUGCUUUGACUUGAUAUGUUACUUGUACUACUGUAGGAGACUGCUCAUGAAAGCGUGUUGGAUGAGUCUUAUAAAAGCUAAGGCUUUCAGAGAAUUUGUUCAGGUGUUCAUUUUUAAUUACUGACACUAUUUGACUAAAAUGUAUAGCACAUAUCAGAUCAUUUCACAUAGCUCAUCAGUGUAUUUUUGAAUGUCCACUUUUAUGCUUCAUCUUAUGUGUUAAACUUUACAACCAAGGGUUUUCUUUCAAUCAAAACCAAAAUUCACCACUGCCUACUGAGUUCUGGGCUGCAGUAUUCAGAGCUAACUCAGAGUUUUCUAUUAAUGUGACUAGGAUGUUUGAAAUGUGAGCUUGCAUCUGCUUUUCUUUCCUUAGUGCACAUAAACUGUACAUUGCCUGUCAUGGGCAUGUUGAUAGUUACAGCACAGGCUAGUUGUGACAUGUGGACUGUUAUACCAUGUUUCAGGCAGAGUAAGGUUCUAGAAAUGUUAGAUGACACCUCUAACAGGCUGUGACCUUUGCUUGCUCUUGUGGCAUGAAACUCAAUCCUCUCAUCGAAGGUGGAGUACAUUAUCUUCUCAGAGUAAACUGCAGGUAGUUCUUGGAGCCACUAGGGGGCAGGGUCUGCUUACCUAUUGAAAUGAGGACUGUGUUCUAGUCUCAUUGUACAUUGUAGUCAUGUGAGAACUUUUAGAAGAAAGGCCUUUGGAUGUUUUUUAAUUGAAUGUUGAAAUAAGCUGUACAUAGGUUGUGAGUUUGUGAAGCACCAUUUUGUGAGUGUCAGUGGGUCAUCCAUCGAUCAAUCUGCAUCAACAUGUGUAGCUUCCUUGGCGGUGUAAAAUGUGUUGGCAAAUACAAGCAGUGCUUGUAUGAGAAAAGUUCUUUUUGUAUUUUGUAGAAAGUAAGAAAUCUAUAUAAAACAGUGGAACUGUAACAUCUGCCCAAUAAAAAUGAUCAGUUUUGUUGACCUGCUGGUGAA